CGCCGCCGUUGGCUGACAAGCAAGCAAGCGUCCUGCCGAACCCGAGCUUUCUUUGCGUUAAAGACCCGUGCCCGCUGCUCACCCCCACCCAAUGCGCGCGCCCUGCUAGUGUAGUGUCGUCGCUGCGUGGUGCUUGCUCCCCGCUCGUUGAGAUUGAGUCUUGCAUCCUCUAGCGAUGGAGCCCCGGUGCUCCGUGCUGGUCCUGGCCCUCGCCGCCGCGCUCUCCGUCGCAGUGGCUUACGACCCGCUGGACCCGAACGGGAACAUUACCAUCAAAUGGGACAUCAUGUCGUGGACGCCCGACGGCUAUGUCGCGGUGGUGACGAUCAACAACUUCCAGAUGUACCGGCAGAUCAUGGCCCCGGGGUGGACGGUGGGGUGGACGUGGGCGAAGAAGGAGGUGAUCUGGUCCAUGGUGGGCGCGCAGGCCACGGAGCAGGGCGACUGCUCCAAGUUCAAAGGCAACAUCCCGCACUGCUGCAAGCGCACCCCGGCCGUCGUCGACCUCCUCCCGGGCGUGCCCUACAACCAGCAGAUCGCCAACUGCUGCCGGGGCGGCGUCAUCAGCGCCUACGGCCAGGACCCCGGCGCCGCCGUCGCCGCCUUCCAGGUCAGCGUCGGCCAGGCCGGCACCACCAACCGCACCGUCAAGGUGCCCAAGAACUUCACCCUGCUCGGCCCCGGCCCCGGCUACACCUGCGGCCCCGGGAAGAUCGUCCCCUCCACCGUCUUCCUCACCCCCGACCGCCGCCGCAAGACCCAAGCUCUCAUGACGUGGAACGUGACGUGCACCUACUCGCAGCACCUGGCGUCCAAGUACCCGUCGUGCUGCGUCUCCUUCUCCUCCUUCUACAACGACACCAUCGUGCCGUGCGCCAAGUGCGCCUGCGGCUGCGAGCACAAGACCUGCGUCCAGGGCGACACGAAGCGGCCGCUGGCGGUGACGGGGAAGCACGAGCACGGGCACGCGGCGGCGGCGCGCGGGCACCGGGACAGGGAGGCGCCGCUGCUGCAGUGCACCACGCACAUGUGCCCCGUGCGCGUGCACUGGCACGUCAAGCUCAACUACAAGGAGUACUGGCGCGCCAAGAUCGCCAUCACCAACUUCAACUACCGCAUGAACUACACCCAGUGGACGCUCGUCGCGCAGCACCCCAACCUCGACAACAUCACCGAGGUCUUCAGCUUCGACUACAAGCCCGUCGUCGCCUACGGAUCAAUCAAUGACACGGCGAUGUUCUACGGGCUCAAGUACUUCAACGACCACCUGAUGCAGGCGGGGCCGUACGGGAACGUGCAGUCGGAGGUGCUGAUGCGCAAGGACGCCAGCACCUUCACCUUCAGGCAGGGCUGGGCGUUCCCGCGCAAGGUCUACUUCAACGGUGACGAGUGCCAGAUGCCGCCGCCGGACGCCUACCCAUACCUGCCCAACGCCGCGCUGCCGGCCACCGCGGCGUCGCUUGGCACUGCGGUGGCGGCCGUCGUCGCGGCGUUCGUGGUGCUGGCCGUGGUAUGAAACAUGAGAACGGAUGAGAAAGACACAGGAGAUCGAUCGACCUAGUGCUAGAACCGGCCGGCAUGGGGAGAACAAAAAGAAGGAUGAUGUUUUGCUCUGUAGAUACAGUCAACGUUUUGGGUUUCAGGAUUGGUUUGUAUGUUCUGAACAUACUGAAAAACUCCAAGUUUUUGUUUUUUCUUCCAUUAAGUGGACGGGCAGGAGCAUAAUUUUGAAAGAGAAAUAUGUGCAUCUAACGUCAAGCUAAGCCAUAUAGCUAUGCUGAUGCAGUGAUGCCUGAAUGCGAUGGGAUCGCUGAUAAUUGUAUGGUGAAGCAAGUUUUUCGAAAAAAACAAUUGAAGAUAGAGUAAAACUGUAACAGAAUGCAGAGUCA